AUGGGCAAGCUCCGAGCCCGGGACCGAGAGUGGAGGCCGGUAGUCGCGCUCGCGGUGCUGGCCAUGGUGACCUCCUCGAGCUGCCACCGGCCCUCGCCCAACAACUCGCCCAACUCGCCCAACUCGCCCAACUCGCCCAACUCGCCCAACUCGCCCCCCUCGACGAGCGCGCCCCUCGCGUCGACGGCCGGCCCGGCGGCGACGGCGACGGCCGAGAACGGCACCGCGGUGGACGACUACAACGCGACCCUCCACCACCACCACCACUCCAAGGUCGGCGGCGACGCCUCCGAGGAGAAGGCGCCGCUCUUCCCCAAGGACCUCUUCACCAUGGAGGAGCGCCGGAGGGGCGCCGUGGUCCUGCACAUCUUCGGGGUGGUCUACAUGUUUAUCGCCCUGGCCAUAGUCUGCGACGAGUUCUUCGUCCCGUCCCUUGACGUCAUCAUCGAGAAGCUGCAGAUCGCGGACGACGUGGCCGGGGCCACCUUCAUGGCCGCCGGCGGCUCCGCCCCCGAGCUCUUCACCUCCAUCAUGGGCGUCUUCGUCUCGUUCGACGACGUCGGCAUCGGCACCAUCGUCGGCUCCGCCGUCUUCAACAUCCUCUUCGUUAUCGGGAUGUGCGCCAUCUUCUCCAAGACCGUGCUCACCCUCACCUGGUGGCCCCUCUUCCGCGACUGCACCUUCUACAGCGUCAGCCUCAUCACCCUGAUCUACUUUUUUCGCGACAACUACAUCUACUGGUACGAGGCCCUCGUCCUCUUCGGCUUCUACCUGGCGUACGUUAGCUUCAUGAAGUGGAACCAGACCAUGGAGAAGUUCGUCAAGAGGAUACUGUACAGGAACAAGGUGACGCGCGUCAGGUCCACCGAUCAGCUGAUGCCCUCGCACCAGAGCGCCGCCCAGGCAUUGCAGCACCAGAACGCGACGAACAGCAGCGAGACGAGCGUGGGCGGGGUGUCGGGGGCAUGCGCCUCCGGGGGCGGCAUGGCCAUGCCGGGCGAGCCGGGUUGCAGCGGCCGCGGGGGCGGCGGCAGCGGUGGCAGCGGGGGCAGCGGGCACGGGUGCGACCAGGGCGCCAGCGGCGCCACCCCGGACUCCACCAGGGAGAGUCACGCUAAGUUCAGGCACGGCCUGCUGCAGCUCAUGAUCCACACGAUCGAUCCGCUCCACGACGGUCAGUCCCGCGCCGGCCAGGUCGACGAGAAGGCCACGCGACUGCACGCCAUUGCGUCGCUGAGGGUGUUGCUGAAUGUGACGAAACCUCAGAAUGGAGCGGCAACUUCGAGGGCUGCGCAUUAUUCCGGGACGGCGUCAAAAGAGACCACUCUUCAGCUGCAGCAGGGCUCUCAAGGCACCACCACUACCACUACCACGACUACCACAGCGGGGACCACUGCGGGCAUUCAGGAACUUCCAAACGGCGGCAUCGCCUCCGGCCCCGACGCCGGCCACGAAUCGGGAGACGAAGACGAGCCUCCCGAGGGCCUAGACAUGAGCUGGCCUAGCAGCUCUAGAAAGAGGCUGACCUACGUUCUGGUGGCGCCUAUCCUGUUUCCCUUAUGGCUGACGUUACCGGAUACUCGCAAACCGCGAGGUAAAAGGUUCUUCGCGCUGACGUUCAUAGGCUCGAUCUUCUGGAUUGCUAUUUAUUCGUACCUGAUGGUUUGGUGGGCUGACGUCGCCGGUGACACGGUAAGAAUUCCACCGGAAGUGAUGGGCCUUACGUUUCUCGCGGCCGGGACUAGCAUCCCCGACCUGAUAACGAGCGUUAUCGUCGCCCGGAAGGGCUUCGGGGACAUGGCCGUGUCCAGCUCCGUUGGAAGCAACAUUUUCGACGUUACCGUUGGGCUUCCGGUACCAUGGCUGCUCUACGGUUUGAUCUACGGGAAACCCGUGGAGGUGAACUCGGUGGGCAUGGUGUGCAGCAUAGCGAUCUUGUUCUGCAUGCUGCUGUUCGUCAUCAUGAGUAUCGCCUGUUUCAAGUGGCGAAUGAACAAGGGCCUCGGCUUCACCAUGUUCCUCCUCUACUUCGCUUUUGUCGCCGUCUCGCUCAUGUUCGAAUACGAGAUCCUCGUGUGUCCCGUUUAGAUAUCGGUCCCACGGGCCUCGCGCGAGCAGGACAGAGAAAGGGAGAGAGAGACCUACACACUGCAUUAUAUUGCCAUUAUGUCGCGUCGCGCCGUUUUAAUGAUUGUACAUAUGUAUAAACCGUCAGAUCUCUAUAUAUAUACACAUGACAUAAAAAUAUACAUAUACAUAUAUACAUAUAUACAUACCUGAGCGAUGUUAAUAGUUCGUCAAGGGGCGACUCCGUGUAACCUUAGGUGCGGGUCGCCGACGAGCGUUCGUGCUAAGGGUGCUAAGGGCGCCGAGCACAACCGAGCUAAGCCAAGCCAAGUCUAUUUCUCCUAGCCCUGUCGAGCUCGCUCGAAGAGACGA